AUGGAGACAUUCCUUGGAGAAAUCAUAGUGGAAUGUCAUGAAGGCUCCAUCACCAUGUUUUACUGUGUUUUGGGCUACAUGGGCCUCUUGGCUAUUCUCAGUUUCACUGUGGCCUUCCUAGCCAGGAAGUUGCCAGACAGUUUCAAUGAAGCCAAGUUUAUCACUUUCAGCAUGUUGGUUUUCUGCAGUGUUUGGUUGACCUUUGUCCCCACAUACCUGAGCACAAAGGGAAAGUACAUGGUGGCUGUGGAGAUCUUCUCUAUCUUGUGUUCCGUGUUUGCUGUGAAAGAAAUCAACAAGGAUCCUCACAUCUUGCCCAACUUCACUCUUGGAUUCCACAUCUAUGACAGCUACUCCAAUGCACUAAUGACCUAUCGUACCACUCUGGACCUGCUUUUUAAGUUGCAUAAAAUUGUCCCCAACUAUAUUUGUGGAACUGAAAAGAAAGUUAUGGGAAUCAUUGGAGGGAUGAGUCCUGAAACAUCCAUACGCAUGGCAGAAAUUUUGCAGCUUUUCAAGAUCCCACAGAGAAUUUCCUUCAACAACAAUGCUGGAGAUGAAAUUAAAUUAAAUGAAGAUGGAGCACUAGAUGCUGGAUUUGACAUUGUAAAUUUGGUUACUUUCCCAAACAACUCCUAUAUCAACAUCCCAGUUGGAGAAAUAGAUCCGCAUGCUCCUCCUGGAGAAUCCUUCCUUAUUCAUCAAGACAAAAUCCAGUGGCAUCAUGGAUUCACUCAGCUGCCUCCUCUCUCAUUAUGUAAUGACCCUUGUCCUCUUGGAAAAAGAAAGAACAAGAUCGAAGGAUGGAAAUUUUGCUGCUACACUUGUGCUCCGUGUCCAGAAAAGAUGAUAUCCACACAAAUGGACAUGGAGAAUUGUGACAGUUGUUCAGAAGAUGAAUUUCCAAACCAAGCUCACAACAAGUGCAUUCCAAAGACACUGAAUUACCUCUCCUUCAAAGAGCCACUGGGCAUUACUCUAGUAUCUCUGGCUCUUUUCCUUUCCUUCUGCACAGGUCUUGUACUUGCAAUUUUCAUUAAGCAAUGGAACACUCCCAUUGUCAAAGCCAACAAUCGCAACCUCACCUAUAUUCUACUUAUCUCCCUCUUUCUCUGCUUUCUUUGCUCACUUCUGUUCAUUGGACAAACCAAUAGGGCAAUUUGUUUCCUUCAACAAACAACAUUUGGCAUCAUCUUCUCUAUUGCAAUCUCUUCUCUAUUGGCUAAAACUAUCACAGUUGUUGUAGCAUUCCUAGCAUCAAAGCCAGGAAGCCUAUUCCACAAAUGGAUGGGGCAAAAAUUGGCCUAUUCUAUUAUCUGCUUCUGCUCCUUCAUUCAAGCUGGUAUUUGUGCCAUCUGGCUGAGUACUUCUCCCCCAUUUCCAGAUUUCGACAUGGAGACACUCCUUGAAGAAAUCAUCGUACAAUGUCAUGAAGGCUCCAUCACCAUGUUUUACUGUGUCUUAGGCUACAUGGGCCUCUUGGCUCUUCUCAGCUUCACUGUGGCCUUCCUAGCCAGGAAGUUACCAGACAGUUUCAAUGAAGCCAGGUUUAUCACUUUCAGCAUGUUGGUUUUCUGCAGUGUUUGGUUGACCUUUGUCCCCACCUACCUGAGUACCAAAGGGAAGUACAUGGUGGCCGUGGAGAUUUUCUCUAUCUUGUCUUCUGGUGGUGGUUUACUGGGAUGCAUUUUCAUCCCCAAAAUCUAUAUAAUUAUAUGGAGGCCUGAUCUCAACACUAGAGAGCAUUUAAUGAGAAGCAAAACGUCUUCUUCG